GUAAAUCUACCCAUGCAACAUUCGCGCCAUUUUAAACAUCCGGGUCCCAAUCCGGGAUCAUUGCUCUGCGUUCUACUCGCUCUCCAACUGAACCCCCGUUAUGUCUGCUGACGUACUUGAAUUUAGUGACGUCUUCGUUCUUAGCAAAGGAGCAUUGAAUGGCGGUCGUUUGAGGCUACAGAAAGACAAAAUCGCAUUUAAACUGAACACGACAGGGAAAGUCGAGCAGAUUGGAGCUGAUGACGUAGACGCAUGUCAUUGGAUGAAAGUAGCAAAAGGAUAUGAACUGAAAGUGAUGCUGUCCAGCGGAACGGUGUACAAAUUUGCGGGUUUCAAGGAAUCGGAUUUUGAAAGAUUAUCAGACUUUUUGUCAAAGUCAUACGCAGUGUCACUGAAGGAGACUGUUCGUUCGGUUAAUGGCUGGAACUGGGGAACAGCUCGAUUCAAUGGAUCUCUCAUGUCGUUUGAGGUCGACAACAAACUAGCCUUUGAAAUACCUCUUUCGGAUGUGGCCCAAUCAACAACCGGGAAGAACGAGGUAUCUCUCGAGUUUCAUCAGAAUGACGAAGCGCCUGUCUCGCUCAUGGAAAUGAGAUUCUUUGUCCCGCAUUCAAAUGACGGGGAGGUCGAUACUGUAAAGGAGUUUCAUGACAACGUCGUUGCUAAGGCGGACAUACUGCAGGCAACUGGUGAGUCCAUAGUGACGUUUCAAGAGAUCAAUCUUCUUACACCAAGGGGUCGGUACAGCAUUAAAAUGUACCCGACGUUUAUGCAUCUUCAUGGCAAGACUUACGAUUACAAGAUUCCAUACACAACUGUUAUACGACUAUUUCUAUUGCCACAUCCAGACAACAGACAAAUGUUCUUUGUGAUUCAUUUAGAUCCUCCAAUUCGGCAGGGCCAGACAAGAUAUCACUUUCUUAUUCUUACUUUCAAUGUUGAGGAUGAUAUUGAAGUUGACUUCUCUCUGACAGAAGAAGAAUUAAAACAGAGGUACGAUGGAAAACUGGAAAAGCAGAUGGAUGGUCCUCUGUUUCAAGUUGUCAGUCGAGUAAUGAAGACGGUUGUCGGGCGCAAGAUAACAAUUCCAGGAAAGUUCAAAGGGUGUCAUGAUCACUCAGCCGUGGCUUGUUCUCACAAAACUUAUCCUGGUUUUCUCUAUCCGUUGGAACGAUGCUUCAUCUUUGUCUACAAACCACCCGUUUACAUUCGUUACGACGAGGUUGUUAGCGUUAACUUUGCGCGAAGUGUGACAACGAGAACAUUUGACUUUGAAGUCGAAGUACAGAAUGGCAACAUCUUCAUCUUUAGCAACAUACAAAAGGAAGAGUACGCAAAACUGUUUGAUUUUGUGUCAAUGAAGAAACUUCAUAUAAGAAAUAAGGGAAAGAAGGAGCAGCAGAGUAUGGAAGGUGGAGCCUUAGACAUGUCAGACAGUGACGAAGAGCCUGAUGUCUACAUGACACGUGUGAAAGCGGAAGCCGAAGAGAGGCAAGAUUCUGAUUCAGAUGAAGAUGAUGACGAUUUUGAGGCAGCAAGCUCGAGUGAUGUUGGAGAUCUAGAGUAUGACAGUGCAGCAUCUGUACACAGUAAGAGCAGCGGCGAAAGCGGAGACGAUGAAGCAAAGUCGAAGAAGCCGAAACUAGAGAGUAGCAAACCUAAACCUUCAAUCAAAGUGAAGUCGCCAGUUAAAACCAAACCAAAACCAGAGAAAACAAGAAAAACAAAAUCUAAAGACAAAGAUCCUACAAAACCCAAGAAACCGAUGAGCGUCUACAUGUUGUGGUUGAACGACAAUCGGCAACGAAUCAGGGAAGAUAAUCCAGAUGCGAAGGUAACUGACGUGGCAAAGAUUGGCGGACAGCUAUGGAAAGAAGUGUCAGACGAAGACAAAAAGGUGUACGAGGAAAAGGCAAGCAAUCUCAAGAAGCAGUACGAAGCUGACAUUGAAGCUUGGAAGGCAGGAGGGUCAUCAACCGAACCUAAGAUGAAAUCAAAAAACCCCAAGAAAAGCAGUACCAGUGUGGCAACUGCCAAGUCGUCUGGUGGAUCAUUCAAGAGUACAGAGUAUGUCGAUAGUUCAGAUGCCGACUACGAAGCUGAUGAUGACUGAACAUAAUACAAGCUGACGUAGCUAGAAGUAUUUACAUCUUUGAAUUAAGAAUAAACAAUAGUGUUAAGAUUUACU